AUGCUAAGACUAUUUCAGAACAGUGCACUCGCAACACCGCUACUCAGACCUCUGGCAUCCGUCACAUCCUUGCGUGUUAUUCCUUUCAGAUGCAGCUCAACGAGUAAUGAUAAGCUGGCAGCCAAGGCUUCGAAAACCGAGUCAAACAUCAAUAUCGACGACUUGCUUAAACAGUUCAUUCCCAACUUAUCUUUCAGCGAAUCGAUAAAUGAGAGGUUCGGUUUUGAAGCAAAUAGACAACCAACACCACGUGAAGUGGCUAAAGGAAUAAGGGAAUUUGGCACCAAUGCGGGAAGAACGGUCGAUGUCAAUUACAACAAUUUGGCUAGAGCAUUUACUCAGGUAAAGAGACUUGGUAAUGAAAACAAGAUCAGAUACUUGCAAAAAAUUCAAUCAAGAUACAUCCGUCCAGCUAAAUACAGAAAACAAUUAAAGAGAGAAUGGUGGAGAAGGAAAUUUUCAGCUGGGUUCAAAGACUUGUUAGCUCAAGUGAAUGAUGCUAGAAGAAGAGGAUACUAA